UCGUGUAAUUCCAUAGCGUCCAGUCUCUUGAUUUUGAUAUUAAGUACAGAAUUAAUGGCAUAGCAAGACAGCCACCGGCGAUGCCAAUUCCGACCAUCGACCUCAGCAAAGCAGAAGAUCCGGGAAGACUGCAAGAAUUAUUAGAUGAGGUACGACAUGCAUUGCUGGAGGUUGGAUUUCUGUAUCUCUGUGGCCACGGGAUCCCCGAAGGGGUGACGCGAGCAAUAGUGGAAUUAUUACCGACUCUGUUUGCACAGCCAGACGAGGUCAAGAGGUCGGUGGCUUUGUUACAGUCGCCGCAUUUCCUAGGCUACAGUGCGUUCGGAGCCGAGACGACGGCCAGGGUAGCAGACCAGCGAGAGCAAUUCGAGCUAGCUAACGAGUUGCCUGAUCGGUAUGGUGAUAGCAACGGCACACUGCCCUUGUAUACUCGUCUGCAGGGCCCGAAUCAGUGGCUGCAGACUCCCGACUUGCCACACCUGCGAUCCCUCGUCGAAAGCUAUAUCUCAGCCUUGCAGGACGUGGCCGCCAGGUUCCUCGCUGUUGUGAACGAGGCUCUGGGUCUGCCACAGGGUACCCUGGCGGGCUUCACCGGCCCUCAGGAUCGCCUCAAGCUGGUGCAUUAUCGCCCUUUGCCAACGGCAGCAGCGUCGACGCCGGAGGGCGAUGUUUCUGGCUCGCAGGGUGUAGGCCCGCACAAGGACUCCAGCGGUUGGAUAAUUUUGUUGCUGCAGGCGUCAGAUCCUUCCAUCAAAGGCUUGCAGGUCCUGUCCAAGGACGGUCGCUGGAUGGAUGCUCCCCCUGUGCCUGGGACCUUGGUUGUCAACUUAGGACAAGCAUUUGAGGUUGCGACCAAUGGUGUUUGCAAGGCGACCACACACCGUGUGUUGUUGCCUCCGGGUGACUACGAUCGCUACAGUGUGCCUUUCUUCCAAGGCGUGCGGCCGGACUUGACCAAAACCGACUUGAAGGUGCUCUGGGACCAUUUCCAUGCUCGGAAGUGGAACUCUCACGAGUCUGACGAGGGUCAAAAUGUCGACAGCCCUUUCCUGAAAGGUCGCUACGAUACUUGGGGCGAGGCUCAGUUGAGGACCAAGAUUAGGAGUCAUCGAGAUGUGGGAGCAAAAUACUAUGCGGACGUUUUGGACAAGUAUAUCAAUGACGAUUGA